AUGCCAGCUAUUGGAAUUGAUCUUGGUACAACAUACUCGUGCGUUGGAGUAUGGCAACAUGGCAACGUGGAGAUCAUCGCUAACGACCAAGGAAACCGAACAACACCAUCAUAUGUUGCCUUCACGGAUACAGAGAGACUAAUCGGAGAUGCCGCCAAGAACCAGGUCGCAUUGAACCCCAGCAACACUGUAUUUGACGCGAAGCGACUGAUCGGCAGAAAAUACGAUGACCACAAGAUUCAGCAGGAUAUGAAACAUUGGCCUUUCAAAGUGAUCAAUGACUGCGACAAACCCAAAAUCCAGGUUGAAUUUAAGGGCGAAACAAAGCGAUUCGCGCCAGAGGAAAUCAGUAGUAUGGUUCUAACGAAGAUGAAGGAAACUGCGGAAGCAUAUUUGGGUACAACCGUUAGGGACGCCGUCAUCACAGUCCCAGCAUACUUUAAUGACUCUCAGCGACAGGCGACGAAGGAUGCUGGGGCGAUCGCCGGAAUUAACGUCCUCAGAAUCAUUAACGAGCCUACAGCCGCCGCGUUGGCUUACGGUCUGGACAAGAACCUUAAAGGAGAACGUAAUGUCUUAAUUUUCGAUCUCGGUGGUGGUACUUUCGACGUGUCUAUACUGACCAUAGAUGAAGGGUCACUGUUUGAAGUUAAAGCGACAGCCGGCGACACACAUCUUGGCGGAGAGGACUUCGACAACCGACUAGUAAACUAUCUAGCGGAUGAAUUCAAACGAAAGUACAAGAAGGACAUGAGGAACAAUCCGAGAGCCCUUCGGCGACUCCGAACCGCUGCUGAGAGGGCUAAACGAACGCUGUCAUCGAGCACAGAGGCCACCAUAGAAAUUGAUGCGCUCUACGAAGGCAUCGACUAUUACACGCGGAUAUCUCGUGCACGGUUCGAAGAGUUAAACGCUGACUUGUUCCGCGGUACGCUGGAACCUGUUGAAAAAGCUUUAAAGGACGCGAAACUUGAUAAGAGUUCCAUCCACGAUGUUGUCUUGGUAGGAGGUUCUACCCGCAUACCGAAAAUUCAGAGUAUGUUACAGAACUUCUUCUGCGGCAAGAAAUUAAACCUUUCCAUCAACCCCGACGAAGCUGUUGCCUAUGGUGCUGCCGUACAGGCAGCUAUUUUGAGCGGAGAACAACACAGCAAAAUCCAAGAUGUCUUGCUUGUUGACGUGGCACCACUAUCCUUGGGUAUCGAGACCGCAGGGGGAGUAAUGACUAAGAUUAUUGAACGUAACGCUAAAAUCCCAUGCAAGCAAUCGCAGACUUUCACCACAUACUCUGAUAAUCAACCAGCGGUUACCAUACAAGUCUACGAGGGUGAGCGGGCAAUGACUAAGGACAACAACCUACUGGGACGCUUUGAUCUUACUGGUAUACCACCUGCACCACGUGGAGUACCUCAGAUUGAUGUCACUUUCGAUUUGGACGCAAACGGAAUUUUGAACGUCUCAGCUAAAGAAAACAGCACUGGUAGAAGCAAAAACAUUGUUAUCAAGAAUGAUAAGGGAAGACUGUCUCAAGCUGAAAUUGACCGCAUGUUAGCUGAAGCAGAAAGGUACAAAGAGGAAGACAACCGGCAAAGGGAAAGAGUGGCAGCUCGAAAUCAACUGGAAACGUACAUCUUCAGUGUAAAACAGGCACUCGACGAGGCGGGAGAGAAACUCAGCCAAGAUGACAAGGAUAGCGCCAGAAAUGUCUGCGAUGAAGCGCUGAAGUGGUUGGACAACAACACAUUGGCUGAGAAGGAAGAAUAUGAGCAUAAGCUGAAGGAUGUACAAAGGACAUGUUCUCCUGUCAUGACUAAGAUGCAUGGAACAAGCGCGGGAGGUGCACCUGGAAGCUUUCCCCAGGGACAAGGCUUUCCACAGGGACAAGGCUUUCCCCAAGGACAAGGUUACCAACAAUACGGAAAUCGAGGCCCCACGGUGGAGGAAGUAGACUAA